UAAAUGAGGAGGAGGAGGAAGCGAGGCGGGCGCGCGGGUGGGUGGCGGGCACGCACUCUUUUCCACGCCCAGCGAACGCGGCGGCGGCGCAGGUCGCCAAAAAACGUGGUAACGGACAUGCUGAGGGGUGUUUUUAGGUGCCUUCUGACCAAUCCUGUCACUGGGAAAAGGAACAUGUCUCAAAGUAGUCUUGCUGGAAAGGUGGCCAUUGUUACUGCCUCGACAGAUGGAAUUGGUCUGGCUGCAGCCCAGGCUUUGGGUCAGAGAGGAGCCCAUGUGGUGGUGAGCAGCCGGAGACAGGUCAAUGUGGACAAGGCUGUAGCAUUGCUGCAGAGCCAGAGCAUACAAGUGACUGGGACCAUCUGCAACGUUGGCAAGAGUGAGGACAGAGAAAAACUAGUUCAAAUGACGGUGGAGCAGUGUGGAGGUGUGGACAUCCUGGUGUCCAACGCAGCCGUCAACCCGUUCUUUGGAAACAUCAUGGACUCCACGGAGGCUGUGUGGGACAAGAUCCUGGACGUAAACGUGAAAUCGGCGUUCCUGCUGACCAAGCUGGCGGUGCCACAAAUGGAGAAAAGAGGAGGGGGAAGUGUGGUGUUUGUAUCGUCUGUGGCCGGAUACCAACCGAUGCAGGCCUUGGGUCCGUACAGUGUGAGCAAGACAGCUUUGCUGGGGCUCACCAGGGCACUGGCUCCCGAACUGGCCCACAGUAACAUCAGAGUCAACUGCGUGGCUCCAGGGGUCAUCAAGACCCGCUUCAGCAGUGCGCUGUGGCAGAACGAAGACGCCGUGGAAGAGCUGAAGAAACAGCUCGGCAUCAAAAGGAUCGGAGAGCCGGAGGAGAUAGGCGGAGUGAUUGCCUUCCUGUGUUCGGAGGAGGCGUCUUACAUCACGGGCGAGACCGUCACGGUCACGGGGGGGAUCAGCUGUCGACUUUGAAACUCCCAAGUGGCACCAAAAUGCAGAGAGAGACCGUGCCUUCCAGACACCGAGCAGAUCUGAACCAAGCAGACGACUCGGUUGUUGCGACCUGAUGACUGUGAUUCGUUAAGAGUAGAAAAAUAUCCACCGAUAUGUUUGAGAGUGAAAUUCAGGGAUCAGAUGUGAAUGCAGGCUACCGUUUGUUUUCUUUAUAUUAAUAAUAGUGUUUGUUUAAUUGGCUUAUGUUAACCGGGCUUUUAGACUAUAUAUAUAUAUGUAUGUGUGUGUGGGUGGUAGAAAAUCAUGUUUUAGUUCGUGUCAAAAGUCAUCUUAUACUGGUGUUCAACCCUUAAAUCAUAAGUCCUAGUGUCAAUGUAGAGUCAAUAAAAUGCA